AUGUUGCCUGAAGAGGGUUCCAACUGUCACAAAGAUAAAUUAAAAAUUUCGGAGAUUGAGGAACUAUUUCACCAAGUUGAUGUUGAUUCAGGUGGAGGACUGGACAUUGAGGAAUUUCAGGAGGGGAUGAAGGACUUUUUCUAUGAUGAAAUCAAAGAUAUAUCUGCUCAAAAAGAAGAACUCAGGACUUACCAGGAAGGUCAAUACAUUUCCAUCACCACAGACGGUGUCUUUUCCUACUGGUCUGACACAUUUGAGAAUCGAUUGGAGAUUUUCUUGAACAAAAAAACAAAGUCAAUUAAAUUAUCGCAUAAGAAAAUGAAAGUAAAUGGCAUGGCGUACAUCAAAGAACUCAAACAGGUGGCUGUCGCCUCUUCUGAAGGUAAAGUGUUAUUCUAUUCUUUCCAUGAAUUGCCAACGCUGUUUGAAAUCAAGCACGCUUUAAUCGUGGAGGACUUCAACGCAGUUUGUGCCAUAAACUACAGCUCCAAUGGCACUAAAGGAGUGUUGUCCUUUGGAAAUGAACAAGGUCAUUUGUAUGUGCUUGUCUCCGAAAAUAUCAAUACAAAUGGCCUCUUUAGCCCAGACUCGUUCGAGAAAAUCUCAAAAGAGGAUUAUCCAACUCUUUAUGUUUCAACCCUGUUGAAGAAAAACUCAAAACAAUUCCAAUGUUCAAAAACCCACAUCUUCAAGGACAUCUUCACUGAAAUCAAAUACUUUCCAGCAAUUGAGUCAUUGGGUAUCUGCGGUCGUACAUCCAAGAUAAUGGUCAUUGCUGCCAUGCCCGAGUCACACAGAGGUAGAUUCACGAAAACUGUCUUUGAGAGCCCUGCAAAUAAGGAGUUUUUCACCUGUGUUGAAUACUCUCCUUUAAACCAGAGUUUGUUGACUGGUGGUACAGAUGGCUUGUUGCGGGAGUGGUAUGUUUUUAAGCCUAAGGUGUGCAAAAAAUCAUUGAAAGGACAAGGCAAACCCAUCACUCACAUUGAGUAUAAUCCAAAAGAUGAAUAUUUUGUCACUUUAUCUAAGGACAAGACUAUUUGUUUGUGGUCUGAGAGAAGUUUGCUGCUUUUGGAAAGCUUCCAGGUUGAAGACAUGAACAUUACCCCUAUUGCCACUUUGUGUUAUAACAAUUACAACAAUGAGUUGGUCCUAGCCAACACUGACAUAGGAACAAGUCUAGGAAGAGGGACAGAUGCUUUUCAUAAUGCAUUACUAUCUCAUGAUAAGCCCUUGUGCAGUGCUCUCUAUCACAGUAUUUACAAUCAGAUGGUCUCUGUUUGCCGAGAUGGUAUGGUGAAGGUAUGGGACAUCUUAACAGGAAAGCUUGAAUUAAAGUUCAAACUAACUCCAGAUAAGCAUGUGGGGCACAGUUUCAUUGCAUUUGAUGGACCCAAGCGCAGACUAAUCACAAGUUCUCAGGAUGGGAAAUUGAGAUUGUGGAAUUUUAGCAGCGCAACAUUGCUUGAAGUUCUUCCAGUUACCUUACCAGAGGAGGUGACAGGUAUUGUCACUUAUGACAACAGGUUGUUUGUGUCGAUAAGGAACUCCAAGAUCAUUUAUGACCUGGAUAUGGACGGUGAGAGCAACAACUUUUUGAGUCACCCAUAUUUAGAGGACAUUUCCUCAAUGGAUGUACAUGAAAACACUUUGAUUACUGCCUCCAGCAAUGGAUAUAUCGCUAUCUGGAAUGUUGAUGAGAAAGAGGUUAUAUGCUUGAUUAAUGAAAGUAAGAGUCCACGUAUACACAUGCCAGGCCGGAAAGAAAAAGGUGUGACAGGGUGUCUGGUUAAUGGGGGAAAAGAAAGAAGAUCUCGGAAAAAACCCAGCACUAAGAUGAAAGCCAAACCACUUAUUCUAUGUCUGAAGGAAAGGGAGUUCAACGUGUACACAGCCACACUGUUGACUUCUGCAGAUGGCUACAUAUGUGCCUGGUCUGUUAACGUCAACGGAGGUUUGUUAGGAAAGUUCAGGGCAGUGGAUAAGGAAGGUGCUUUCAUUACCACAAUGACGACGGACAUCAAUGAAAAGAUAUUGCUCACUGGGGAUAGCACUGGCAAGAUUUGUCAGUGGGACAUUCACACAUUUUGCUCAACAAAGGCAACAACCAAAGGGCCAUUUCAGGUGUUACACGGGUGGCACACAUCAUUGGCUCAACCUCCUCUGUUGGGCUCGUGGAAAUGUCAUGAUACAGAGGUGGUGAGUGUUAAUUUUGACAUCAGUGGUAAAGAGAUAAUCACUGCUGGAGACAGCCAUCUCCAACUAUGGAAAAACAAAGGCUCCCACAUAGGCCUCUUUGGGAAAGACUUUUGGGAGGAAGCCGACCAGGUGGAGGCCGACCAGGUGGAGGCCGACCAGACCCAGCUCAAGCCACAGAAGCCUCCCCUCAUGAGAGUUUACCUGAAAGAAAUCCCCCUGAAAGCUGAGCCCUUUCCACCCAUGCCAAGGGCAUCACAAAUAGUCACCCGGCCUCUUCCCAAAAAUGUAAAGAAGUUGUUCUAUAAAGCUCCAAAGACCACCCAAGUCCCGAUUGAGAUCUUAUUUAAGGAUGAGCUUGAGAAAAGGCAGAAAGACAGCGUCCUCAAACCAUGUUAUCCAAUCCCUCUGAAAGCAACGGUGGUCUUUCCAGGCCUGCCGGUGCCACAAAGCAAAGUCAAGCAGCCUCCUGCCAAAGUUUCAGAGCAUGUGCUAUUUUCAAAUGACAAACUCAUUGAAGGUGGCGCUGACCUGAAACAAAGUUCUCCCCAGACAUUAAAUCAGACUAGGUCUAAAUAUGGGCGUGUGCUCAAGAAUCAGCAGGCAGACACAAUAAAAGACAAUGUCCUCACACCACGUCCACCAAGCACCCUGAAAGCUACAAAGAUCAGUGUGUUACCAAACAUGAACAAGUUGCAAAUCCAGAGAGUGCAGCUCACUACAAAUCAGAGAUUAAAUCAGACUAGGUCUAAAUAUGGGCGUGUGCUCAAGAAUCAGCAGGCAGACACAAUAAAAGACAGCGUCCUCACACCACGUCCACCAAGCACCCUGAAAGCUACAGAGAUCAUCAGUGUGUUGCCAAACAUGAACAAGUUGCAAAUCCAGGUGGCGCUGACCUGA